AUGGUGCAACCGCAUGGUUGUCUGUUAUUUAGGGAGGGAGAGGGCGGCGGGGGUGGCCGCGGAGGUUCGGUCGCCGGAGGCGGCGGCGUCGGUGGCGUCGGCGGCGGUGGUGGCGGGGGCGCAGGCGGCGGGGGGAGGCGGGCGCCGAGCUUACGACUGGUGAACGGACGAACAACGACGGGCGUUGGACUGCACACGAGCAGCACCGAGUCUGUACGCUCGCCCCAUCACCAUACCGACACUCACACCAACGGCCAUAACUACCACGUCGGCAUCAAUCCCUCCGCCAACCACAACAACAACAAUCAUGCCCGACUGAACAAGGAUGACAGCAUCAAGAUCAGCAUCGAGAAUACCAACACCUGCACGGACAGUCUCGUUACCGCGUUAGACGACGAGACGCUUCUCAUUACUGAUUUCCUCGGCGAUACAGGUCAGUUGUGUUAA